CUCGGGCCGGAAGUGGGCGACAAUGUUGUGAUAAUGCGCUUCUUACAUAUAUUCCAAGGGUCUGACACAACUAGAAUCGACAGACUGACGGAUCGAUACAUUAGGUAUGUCCUCCGCCUUGGAGGAAGAGCUGAAGACCCUUCUGUCUGGAGGUGCUAUCCCGGCUCCUGAGACAUUUGAUGUGGCCCCUGGGAAUCCCCAGCCUCUGAGACUGAGACACAAUGUCUGCUACAUCGUCAUGGGGGUGAUACUGAAUGAACAGGAUGAGGUGUUGAUGAUGCAGGAGGCGAAGGCUGAGUGUCGGGGGAGCUGGUACCUCCCGGCCGGGAGGCUGGAGAAGGGGGAGACCCUGGUAGAGGGCGUCUGUCGAGAGGUGAAGGAGGAAACCGGACUGGUUUGCCAGCCUCUGACUCUGCUGGCCGUGGAGGAGAGAGGAACUGCCUGGGUUCGAUUUGUGUUCCUGGCUCAACACACAGGUGGAUCGCUGAAGACUUCCCUCUCUGCAGACGCGGAGUCGCUGCAGGCUGCAUGGUGGGACACGGUCUCAGUCAUGCCUCUUCGUUGCAAAGAUAUUGUCCCCCUCAUCCAGCUGGCUAAAUCUUACCACCACCGACCCUCGCACCCCCUGACUCUGCCAGCGCUCCUCCCUUGCCCCCACCUCGCCAUCCGUUUGCUUCUUCUGUGCCUUGGUCCCUGCGGGGAAAUGUGGGUCCUGCAGAGCUCCGCUGAGCCUCCCCACCUUCCGGUUACGGUGUGUGGGCCGCGUAGGGGAAGCAUCCUUACCCCUCUGCGAAACAUGCUGGAGGAGCCUCCUCUGCACUUCGGCAUUUUGGGGUUACAGCACCAGGGUGGGGAAGGCGCAGAUGGGGUUUGCUUCAAUAUCAUGGCUGGACUUCAUGCCUCACAACCCCCUUUAAUCACAACAGAGGCCCUUUGCUGGGGACUUGUACAGGAUGAAGAACUGAAGGUAAAACUUGGACAUAUUCUGAAGGAAAAGACUCUACUACCUCUGUAUAGCUGAUUAUGAGAGCUAUAACUAUACACAAGGGUUUAUUCACUAAAGAGGGAGUUGGCAGGAGAGUUGCAGUUUCAUCUUCCUGACCUUCACUUAUAUUAUGAAGGACCAACCCCUGUGAGUUUCUGCCCCAGGAAUAGCUUGGACGGCCGUGUAGAAAACAUAUUUAAAUCAGUGAGGUUUCUUGAAAGUCACUUCACUGAUUAAACUAUGCAUUAUACAGGGCCGACUUAACACUUCUAGUAGGGAAACCUGCCUAGGAUGGCCCUUUUCACUGCAAAGUGAAUUCAGGGAAUUUACCCAAGUUUCAUAGGUU